AGGAGGGCGUCAGGAGAGCGAGAUGGGCAGUCGAAAGUGGUGAAGCGUGGAGACAGUGGACACAGUUUGUGGAGGCCAGCAAUAGCUUCAGUACUCCAUAGAGGGCUCCCGCGGGGGCCCCGUGGGAAACGGGGAUUAAAAGCUAUAUUUCAUGCAUGAGCACGCGACAUCAAGAUGGGAACGAGGGGGUUUUGGAAGUUCAAGCACCAAGAUAGGCAAAGAUGUGAGCUCGCCCUCGCCCUCGCCCUCGCCCUGAGGCUGCGCUGCGCCGCCCCACCCCCAUCUUUCACGUACACUAUCCUUCGGACAGUAUAUCAACUGGCGUUGUUGACGGGCCGAUGUCGCAAUGGCAAUGAUCUCUUGCAGCUCUGCUGCCCACUUGGGCCGUGUUGUACUGUACCUGAACCAGCCAGUCACAGAUUGCUGGAAACGGCAUCGACACGCUCAUACACGCGGCUAAUCUACAAGAAGAGAAAUGACAACUCGCACCUCACCUGCCACGCCGACCUGCUUCCUGCCUCCUGCUCCUCCUUCAACCACGCCUCAUUUGCCUAUCUCUGCAGACAGUCCCUUGAACACCGCAUUGCCGAAAAAAGUUUAAUCCACUGGUCUCGCGGGACCUUAUCUUUUGUUUCCCGAGCUCGCAGCUUCCUCGCGAACGCGGGGGGGCAUUCUCAACCCCGCCAUAAAACAUCACAACCCAGCAUCUUCCUCUCCCCCUCCCCACUUUGCCAUUGAAGCAUACAAACAUUGACAGUGACAAUGACGAAGCCACUAGUUCUCCUUUUGGGCGAAAUUGAGCAGUACGUUGCGUGGCUUCGGAUUUUCAACCCCUCUGAACCCCCCUCCCCCGCUCAGCCUUGCUAAUACGUGCCCGAAACCUU